AUGGGCUACACCCACUACUUCCACGUGAACUCCGCCAGCGAAGGCUGGGAGGCGUUCUGGCCGCGCCUGAUCGCCGACACGCAGACCAUCAUCGCCGCCGCCGGGGUCCCCCUGACGGGGCCGCCCGACUACCACGAUGGGUACGCGAUGACCACGGCUCCGAUCGUAUCCGUGGACGAGGGGAUCGACCUAAACGGGGUCGGCAAGAACGGCCACGAGCCCCUGGUCAUCAGCGUGAAGGAGGACGGGUCCUUCAACUUCGUCAAGACCGCCCGCAAGCCCUACGAUAAGGUCGUCGCGUGUGUGCUGCUCCGGGCCGCGAUGCUGGCGCCGCAGGCUGUGGAGUUGAGAUCGGAUGGCUGUUGGGAUCAUGAUUGGGAGUGGAGGGCGGCGAGGGUGCUCUACCAGCGGCUGUGGCCGCAUGAUGAGCUUCAUUGUCCGUGGAAGGAGGUAGAGGAGGAGGACGACGACGAGGAAAAUGUCGACGCCCCCGGCGGUGGUGGCACUGGCUGUGCCCAGCAGUAG